UAUUCAAAAUGAAUUUGAAAAAAAAAUAAAAAGAAUAGAAAAUGAAAAGAUGAUGGAGCGAAAGAAUUACAAUGAAAUUUUAAAUAAAUAUGACAUUUUGCAAAAAGAACAAAUAGAUGCUAAAAGUAAAAUGGCAGCAGAAAAAGAAAAACUACAAUGUUUGUUAGAAAGUCGAAAAAAAGACACAUUAAAAGUUGAAUUGGAGUUAAAAACGUUGAAAGAUAAAUAUAACAGUUCUGUUGAUUUAUGGAACAAAGAAAAAUUGGAAAUGCAGAAAAAGUUAAAGGAUCUAGAAAUAGCUCAUUCAAAUGAUUCAUGGAUAAAAGAGAAGGAAAAUAUGAAAAAGAAUUUGGAUGAAUAUUUAAAAGAAAUAAGAACAUUAAAUAAACAAUGUAGUCAGUAUACAGAACAUAUAGAAAAACUUAAGAAAGAUAAUGAAAAUUUACAACGGAAUUUAGAUGAUUUUGAAAAAGUUGUCAAAGUCCAGCAUAGCAGGUCAAUGGAGACAGAAUUAUUAGAAAAAAAUCUGAAAGAUAUGAAAAUAAAGUUAUACAAUGAAGAACAAGCCAGAAAAACAGAAGUUGCUGCUUUAAAAGUACGCUAUGACAAUCGCAUGUCAGUUCUUUCAGAAGAGUUGAAAAACAGUCAGUUUCAAACUCUUAGGUUCAAAAGAGAACGUGAUUCGUAUAAGCAAAUGUUGGAUUCAGCAGAUUCUAACCAUCAAAAAGGAAAUCAUAAGGUUCUAAAUAAUGAUAACCAGAAAGAAGAAUUCUACGUUUUACAGCAACAAGUCUCUUGUAUGGAAGAACAACUUUCAGAAGCAAGACUCGAAUGUUCAAGGUUAAAAACAGAAUUGGUGUCAGAAAAAUCAGCCUGGGAAAUAACAAAAUCAGAAAUGACAUCUUCUAUUAAUAAAUUGGAAGAAGAACGACUUUUGAAUUCAGGAAGAUCUAAAUUAACAGGGCUGAAGGCUAGAAUGGAGCUUGCAUGGCAAAAAGAACGCGAAGAACAACAACGUCUUUUACAAGAAACUUCAACAUUAGCUAGAGAUCUAAGACAAACAUUAUAUGAAGUUGAACGAGAGCGAGAUAAAGAUCGUUUAGAAUCAAAAAGACGUAUAGAUCAGCUAACAAAAAAUAUUGAGGUUGACCAACAAGAAAAUAGGAAGAAAACUAAUGAGAUGCAAUGUGAUCUUAUGGAUUUACGAGAUGCUCAUGCAAAAUUAAGAACAAUAAAUGAAAAAUUAAGAAAAGAAAAAGACAAAAUAGAACAAGAAUGCGAGUCAUUAAGAUUAUGCAAUGUUCGGCUAAGAACUGAUCCUCAGCUUGAGGUUAAAAUUAAUAAUUUAUCACAGUUGAUCAAAAGUUUAACUAUCAUGGUAAAUGAAAACUAUGAACUGACAAAUAAAUCUUUAAGCUCAAUAAAUGCACCAACACCACCAGCUAGAAGGAAAUCAUCUACGUCUAGAGAAGCAUCACCAGAUUUCAAUUCCAACCAAGCACUAAAUAACAAUAAUAAUGAACAAAUCAAACAAUUAUUAAAUAAAGUUAAUGAGUUGACUAAAGAAUUAGUUAUAAAUACAAAUCAACAAGAUAUCAGAUCAAAACGUGCAGUUUUUGGAGUCAGGUCUUCAUCAACUGAAAACGAUUUUAAUGAUAAGCCUCCAAUAAGAGGUAGUUUGUAUAGAAAGAGUCUUUCACUAGAACAAAAUUUCGGGAAUACUGAUCAAGACAUAUGGAAAAGAGAUGAACGCAGUCAGUCAAGAAAUAGGCUUACCAAACAACCAAAUAGUUUUGACAGCCAACAAUCAAAUAGUUCUUCUAAAAGCGAUAUUGUAAGUGGAGAAAAAACUAAGAAAAAAGGACUUUUUGGCAAGCUAAAGAAGUUAACUAAAAGUUCAAAAAGUUUUGAUAAUGAUAGCGAUUUGUCCUUUAAAAGCAGUUCCAGUAUUUACAAUGUUGAUGUAUCUACUAAUAAGGAUUCUAGAGGGAAACUUACUGAUGUCUUUAAACCUUCAACAUUACCUAACUUAAAAAAGAGAGCAAUGUCUCCGUCAAUAUUUAGAAGAUCAGAAAGUUCAAGAACAUCUCCAUCGCCAUCAGUACGUUCAGAUGAAUACGAAGAAAUCUCUUAGAUAGUUAUUAAUAAUCGUAAAAUUUCUGUAAUGGUUUUUGAUCUGUUGCAUGCAAGUGCAAUUGGAUCUGCUAUGAGGGCAACUAUAUUACUUAAAGUAUUAUAAUCUUUAUGUGGUAUGUUUUACAUUUAUAAAGUAGGAAUAAUUAUUAUUGUUUGUGUAAUGUUUUUUGAAUGAAAACAAUUUGAUUUUAAUUUUCUUUAUAAGCUAUUAGAUAUUAAUUCAAUUUUUGUUGUGCAUGUUAAAUGUUUCACUUAAUGUAGCCAAGACCAGCGGUAUGUGAUAAAUAUUGUAUUACAGUUUAAGACGCC